AUGCCGCCCGCGCCCGUUUCCGAGCUCGGAUGCUCUCUCGCAAGAAAGGGAAUGACUCGGUUUCACGAACUUUGCAACGAGGUUGUCGACUUCGGGUUUCAGAUUUGUGUUGCUUUCUCUCUUCUGAUCUUCAUCCACUCAACUACAACAACCCAAAUACAAUCUUACAAGAGCCUCUCAAUCCAAGAUGCCUGCCGUCCUAUUCAACAAAGCAAUGCCCCUCAACGACGGAUCCUCUCCUACGGCCCCUCUCGACGUCUCCACUACACCGAAGACUUCAACCACCCUUUCAACACAUUCAUCCCCCGUCCAUAUCUCGGAACAUACGAGAAAGAUCGUCACCGCCGUUUUAGCAUCGACGUUGCUGGUGAUGCUCGUGGCGGUUGUGGGGACGGUCGUUUAUCGGCGAAUCUGGAAGCAGAGGGUUUCGGCGAAGCGAGGUGAGUGUGCCGAAGUUUGGAAGUAUUGGCUGAGAUCCGUUUCCUGACCUCAUACUUUCGAUCCUUCUACAGAAGCAACACAACAAUCAACGCCUACAACCCAAGUCGUCCUCCCUUAUUCCCACGCUAGCGCCCGAUCAAGUCAAGACACGUUGGCGGUACCCCCUUCGUUGA